AUGGGUGAUACAGGAGCUACCGGAGCUUGGGCGAGAGACGCCGCCUCGUGGGCCUCGAUCCCGACCGAAUUGCUGCUCGCCGAGCUUUCGAAACGACAUGGCCAUGCGACGAGCAACGCCGAGGUUGCCGGAGCCGGCGCGACGAAGCCGCAAUGCGGUUCCUCCAGGAAGGAAUCCUACGAUACGGCCUUGCACAUUGGUGCGCUGAUACUGAUUCUCGCAUUGAGCACAAUAUCUUGCGGUAUCCCGCUUCUGCCCCGACGAGCCUCGAAAGGCCGAUCCCAGAGCAGGAUCAUCUUCUACUGCCAACACUUUGGCACCGGCGUCCUUCUCGCAACAUCCUUCGUCCACCUUCUUCCGACAGCCUUUACCUCUCUUACCGAUCCAUGUCUCCCCUCAGUCUUCAAUAAGGGCUAUCCGCAAACGGCUGGCCUGAUUGCCAUGAUAGCAGCUCUAUCCGUCGUCGGCCUCGAACAAUACCUGGCCACCCGAGGAGCCGGUCAUUCCCACUCCCAUUCCCACGAGUACGAAUACUGGGACGAGGAGGAUAACGAGGGCGCUUCGGGCGGAGGCAGGCAGGGAGUAAGCAGUCUAUCCACGCGCAGAGUCGGCGCCCACCGACCAUCCGACAUCAACCUCGACAACAUGGACUCCACUCAGGGGCUGAUGGCCGGCGCAUCGCCUCUCCCGAGCUCUACACCGACGAACGCGAAGUCAAAUACCCGGCUUGCGAACGGCCGCGACAGCUUCGACGACGAUGCAUCCGAUAUGGAUCUCAACAUAGACGAGCUAGAUCCCGCGACUGCCGAGACACCAAUCCACCGAAGCUCGGCAGACGGCCGCCCGAAGAUCACGGUAACACCCGGUGCGGCUGCACCGCAGGUUGUCACGGAGGAGGAGCAGAGCCGGCUGCUCCGCCAAUGUCUCCUACUAGAAGGCGGCAUCCUCUUCCACAGCGUCUUCAUCGGCAUGGCCAUCUCAGUAGCCACAGGCCCGACCUUCAUCGUCUUCCUCAUCGCCAUCAGCUUCCACCAGACCUUCGAAGGCCUCGCGCUCGGCAGCCGCAUCGCGGCCAUCCAGCUGCCCCGAUCAUCAAUGCGACCCUGGCUCAUGGUCCUCGCCUUCGGAGGCACGACGCCGCUCGGACAGCUCAUCGGUUUGAUUGUCCAUAACCUGUACGAUCCGAUGAGCCAGACCGGAUUGCUGAUGGUCGGUUUCAUGAAUGCCAUCUCGGCCGGUUUGCUCCUGUUUGCGGGGCUGGUGCAGCUCUUGGCGGAGGACUUCCUUUCGGAAAAGAGUUACACGAUACUUCAAGGGAGGAAACGGCUCAAUGCCUACCUGGCCGUCAUUGGCGGUGCUUCGCUGAUGGCCAUUGUGGGCGCGUUCGCAUAA